UUGAUUUUCUGUGCAUUGCUGCUGUUGUGUUUGUCGUUAAUAUUACAGGAUGUACAGGAUAUAAUCUGACCUAUUACCAGAUAUUCACAGUAAAAUAUGGACAACCAGAGUUUAAAUGCAGAUAUCCUGAUCCUGGAGGGCUUAAAGGUCACCCCAAGGUCCUCUAUUGCUGCCUUUAUCUUCCUCCUCCUCAUGUACAUUUUCAUCAUGGUGGCUAACAUUGGCUUAGUGGUGCUGAUCUUUAUGGAAAGGAGCCUGCACCAGCCAAUGUACUUGCUGUUCUGCAACAUGAGUGUAAAUGAAGUGUUUGGGGCCACCAUAGUGGUUCCUCAUAUACUCAGAGAUCUGUUCGUGUCUGACUCGGAGCGCUACAUUCAUUACAUCGUAUGUGUCGUUCAAGCCUUCUGUGUUAAUCUCUAUGGAGGGGUGUGCCACACUAUACUCAUGACCAUGACCUUCGAUCGAUACAUGGCCAUCUGCAACCCGCUGCGCUACACCAUCAUAAUGACCAACUGGAUGGUGGUAAAGCUGUCAGUGGCAGCGUGGGCAGUGGUGUUCGUCAUGGUGUCGAUCCUCCUGAGUCUGACGAUCCGUCUGUCACGCUGCAGGAGAUUCAUAGACAACGCGCACUGUGACAACGCCUCCCUGUUCAAACUCUCCUGCGAGGAUGUCGUCAUCAACCACGCGUUUGGCCUCAGCUACAGCGUGCUCCUGCUGGGCUCCUCCAUUGGCAGCGUGACUCUCACCUACAUUAAAAUUGCCACUGUGUGUUUGAGGAGCAAAACCAAGACAAUAAACAGCAAGGCUCUGCAGACCUGUGCCACCCACUUCACUCUGUACAUCAUCUUAAUGUUCUCAGCCUUCAUCAUCAUCAUCCUGCACCGUUUCCCUCAUCUUUCUGACCACAGGAAGAUGGUGAGCACUGUGGGUGAAGUAGCCCUGCCGGCGCUCAAUGCUGUCAUCUAUGGGCUGCAGAUUAAAGAGAUUAGACAGAAGAUUGUGGCCUUUUUUCAGAGGAAAGGGCAUUUACAAUGAUAAGUGACCAAAAUAUGUACAGAAUGCAUCUUCAUUGAUGUAUACAUAGUUUUUAAUUACAUCAGUGAAAUUAUUGACAUAUAGCUGUACUCACAGCACUGAACACCAGUCAAAACAC